AUGGAAGACCAUAGAUAUUCAGAUAAAAGGGAUUCAGAGGAUUGGAUAUGCACAGAUGAAAAAUGUCGACAUGCCAACUCUUACAAGAGAAUGUAUUGCAGCCAAUGCAAUCGAGUCAGGCCAAAGAAAACGAUAAAAAAAAACCCUAAGCAGAUAUUGUUUAAGACGAAUGAUUGGAAAUGUGAUGAUUGUGGUAACAUAAACUGGGCUAAACGAGAAAAAUGUAACAUAUGUGGUAAAAGUAAAUAUACAAAAAAAUUAAAUGAUUUUAAACCAAAUAAAGAAAUAAGAACAGGAAAGGGAGGAGGACAUUAUGAUAUCCAAGGUAAUAAUGAAAGAAGAGCCCACGAUUCAGAAGAUGAGGAAUUUGAUGAAUUUGGACGUAGAAAGAAAAGAAAACUACCAAAUAAUGAGGAAAAAAACUCCAAAUCACAAACUGAAAAUUCUACAAGAAAUUAUAAUAAUAACAAAGAUAUGCCAAAAAAAAGUCACACACAUAAAAAGCGCCGUACAUCUUCACAUUCAAGAAGUGAGUCUACUAACUCUUAUAAAAAUCGUAGGGAAAGUAGCUAUAGUAGCGGUGAUGAUAAAAAAAAAAAAAAUUAUAAAUAUGAAAGUAAAAAAUACGAUAGCAGUAAAGGCAAUUAUAAGCAUAAUGAUAGGAAAUAUGAUAAUAAGAAAAAAUAUAGUCAUAGUAGUAAAUAUAAUGACAAUAAAUAUGAUGAAGAUAGAUCUGAUGAUAGCCGGAAAAGUAACUAUUACAGAAAAGGACAUACGAGAAAUUAG